AACAGUGAAGAGAGUAUCAUUUAGCUAGCAUAGAAUAUAAUUUAACUCGUCGGUGUCACAUCACGAUCAUACAUACCACAAUGAGCGGCAGAGGGAAACCACGAAGCGUGCGCGCAAAGAGUCCGGAACCAGCACAUGCCAAGAAUCCGGUUCGGGCCAAAAGUGCCCGGGAACCUCCAAAGGAACCAGUGAAAGACACUAAGAAGGAAACGCAACAGGUCACUGAUGAAUACAACCCCAAGAAAACCAAGGAACAUAAGCAGCCUAAGCGCACCACUGAGGAAAAGACACCUGUGCCACAGAAGUGCGUAGAAGUUCAAACCGGAUCAAGGAUGGUCAAAAAAGGUUACAGCGUUGACUCAAAUCCGAAUAAGAUCCUGUUUACAACCAUUGAACAAUUGAAGAUUAAGAAGAAACAGAAAUCGGAAUCAGCAAGUAUUGUCAAUGACACGGUAAAGCGUAUAAUGGACCACAUGAAAAAGUGUACAGAAUGCUUCAAAGAUGUAAAUGCUCUGCGCACUGGGAGUUAUUACGAGAAUUUAAAGAUUUCUAAUCCCGACGAAUUUGACGUGAUGUUAACUGUGCCUGUCAAGCGGGUGGACAUUCGGCCGUUUGGGGAUGUUGGGGCGUUUUACAGCGUGGCGUUCAAACGAGGAAAACACUCGUUGGAUCGCUUUCUAUGUGAAGACAACACAAUAUCUGCCAGUGGAAUGCUUACGGAGUUCAGAAACGAGGUUAAAAAGUGUGUGAAGAUACUCAAAGACGUGGGGUUGGAGAAGAAAAAGAAGGGUUGCCCGGCGGUGACCUUACUGAUAAACGGGACGGGAACGGUCCCUAUCUCACUUGACAUUGUUCUGGGUCUUGAGGUCUGCUCGAGCUGGCCCACUUUCACCCAAGGAGGCAUAGACAAAAUAGACAUCUGGCUCGGGACCAAAGUGAAGAAAGAACAAAAGCUUAAGGGGUACUACCUCGUUCCGAAGUACGAGGGAAAGGGCACGGUGGAACGGGAAGGUGUCUGCGCUAAAGACGCAUGGCGCAUCUCAUUCUCUCAUGUGGAGAAGAGUAUCCUAACAAAUCAUGGCUCCCAGAAGACCUGCUGCGAGGCCAGCGGGACUCGCUGCUGCAGGAAGUUCUGUCUGAAGCUUCUGAAGCACCUGUUGGGCUUGCUGAAGGCAGAGAACCCUAGUCUGUCCAAGUUCUGUUCCUACCACGCCAAGACCACCCUGCUCCACGCCUGCUGCUCCAGGACCCAGGACAGCGACUGGGAGGUGGCCCAGCUGGGACUCUGCUUCCAGCAGCUGCUGGAGGACUUUGAGGGCCACCUGAAAGAUGGCAUGCUCCCCAACUUCUUUAUCCCCAAACACAAUCUACUGGGCUCCGGCCAUGACCGCAAGAGCUGUCAGUUCCUGGCCCGGCUCAUCGAGGAGGAACGCAACAAUGGUUUCCCCAUUUUCCGCAAGUGAGUCGGGACCUCGAUCACCUCCCUUUAAUGACUCACCCAGAGGCCCAAUAGGCAUAAGUGGAGUACAGUGGUGGUCCCAUAAUGUUGUCUAUUCUUAAAGCAAUGGCAUAGGAAGGAGGAAUUGAAGAGCAGAGGAGUCAGAAGUUUAAUUUCAUUCAUUCAGAUCUUACUUGACGAGUUUUGAGUGAGAACCAACUGCUCCUCCAACAAAUUAUAAAAGGUAAUGUAGCCCUUUCCUGCUGUCAAUGAACAAAAGCACGCUCUUAGGACUCAUGGGUGGAAUGUUAUUAAUAUAUUUUUUUAAUAAUUUCAUAACGAAGAUUCUUUUUAAAAACCAGACGAAAAUCUGGAGUUUCUAUGUCAAACAGUUUUGCUAUCAGUGUUCUGUGAUGUAUAUAAGUGUAAUAUUGGGAUGCAAAGUAAAAAAUGUAUACAUCUGAACUCUGUAUCUGACACGGUACAGGUGUCUUCUUUUUUAAGCCCAUAACCAUGUUUGAGGUGUAUACUUUUGUUUCAAAGUAUAUUUGUUUAAGACUACCAAGAAUCACUCUGUGUGACCCUACAUUUUGCCCACUGCAGUAAAAGGUUAAACAAACUCAGUACAACACUAUUAAUUGUUCAAUAAAUAAAUAAAUAAACAUACAAAUGUGCAACACAAAAAAAGGCUGAACACUGGAGGUUCCAGUUGCUUCUUCUUCUGAGGAAAGAAAUUAGAUUCGAAAGACAAUUGGCAAUGGGAUAUUGGACUCUAAACCACAAAAUAUUAGUAGUUUUAGCACUAGGAGUUAACAUGAGCUUUCGGUGAGGAUUUUCCAUAACUUUUUUAAAAUCGCUUAAAAAUAAUUCCAUACUAAAUUCUACCUACUCAGGAUGUCAACACCAUCUAUUCCUUGCAGAGUAUUUGUCCACCUGUGUGUCUGUCUUGGCCAAACCAGGAGGAAGAAACAGAUUUUCCCUGGUGUAUGUUUUGCUGUUUUGAGUUGUUAGAAACUGACUGUGUGACAGUAUGUCCAGGUGCAUGCUGGGAAACUCCAGCUAUAAUUUUUGUGACCACGGUCAUUGAUUUGAACUGUCUAACAGAGAGAGAGAUUGUGUGUGUGAUGUGAACACAUUGCAGGUGCCUCUCUGUUUACCCGAUAUGUAUUUCUGUUCAGCUUUUGUUCACCCAGGUUUAUUAUUAGACAUUCAUUGGAAUUUAAGGCCUGAGGGCAGAGGUGUUUUCAGCUGUAUACCAAUAAAUUGGAAUGUGCAUGUGUGAAACGCCCUACUUUUUAAUAAAACAGAAUACAUCA